ACGAGAAUGGACUAUCCAGGAAGCAUGUUCUACUGUUUGGGAAGAAUACCAUAAACAAACUGUCUUUUCUGUCAACUUGAACGAGUGUUUCCUCUUUCGUUUCAGGUUGUUACGACUGUGAAAAACAAAUUUAUCUCAGUUUCUUGAAUAGCCGCGUUUUUGUGUUGUCGCUUGAACGUACAGGACCACAGUGUCGCUGUAUGUAACCCGGAGUAGGACGUUUAGCUUUGACAGAUUUUUCUUUGCUAAUUACAUUGACUGCAGCUGCACCGCUUUGAGAAACCAUGUCCGAUUUAAUCCUGGUGCUCCUGAUAGUCGUGCUCCUGGUGUGUUUGCUCGUGACAGUGGGGGGUUUCCUGCUCUACUCGGGGCUCCUGACAGAUGUGGUUAUAAAGACUGGGCCACCUCCUAUCAGGAAUGUUACCAUUGCCUAUAAGUUCAAAGAAGGAUCAUACAAGGACUGCGGUGCAGCCUACACAGAGAGCUGCAGCAUUGGGCCAAAGCUGAACUCCAUCGGUGUCUUCUACGAUGACCCCAAACAGAGGCCAUCGGAGAAAUGCCGCUAUGUGGUAGGCAGUGUCCUGUGCGAGGGUGAAGAGAAGCCAGAUGAAGAACUCCAGAAGUUGUACGAGAAGUUUGGCUUCAAGGUGUUUUCUCUGCCAGAAGUGAGCCAUGCCGUGACCACCAGCUUCCCCUGCACUACAAACCUGUCCUACAUGCUGGGACCUUACAGGGUCUACCCAAGGCUCACUUCUUACAUUGAGGAGAGGAAGCUGUGUGCAUUCCCAACAAUUGAGAUCUGUGGUUCGGAUGUCAUCAACUAUAUGGUUCCGCUGUCCCGCCAGACGGACUUCUUUGUCCCUGAGAUGAAGGAGGAGGUCAAAACAGAUGUGAAAGAAGAGGACUCUGAUGAAGACAGAGGAACUGACAUUACAGGUGCUGAUUCCCACAGUGAUGUGAGUUCAGUGAGCGGCGGCGUGCCCUGGGACAGCAGAGAGACAUCCCUGGCCGCCUCAACGGCCGCCUCCCUGGCCUCAUCCCUGCCUCUGAGGGACGUAAUGGACGCAAAUGAAGACACUAAGUGCAGGGACCACAGUGACAGAGACUCAAAUGAGUCUAUGGGCAGUGGCUCGUCUUUUGAAGAGCUUGACAUGGAUCACGAGGAGCAGGAGGAGGGAGAAGAGAAGGAGGAGGAGAAGGGAGAUGAGGAAGAGAAGGGGCUCCCUGAGGGUGAAGAUGGAGCUAGAGAAGCAGUUGAACUGGCGGCUGAAAAGAAGGAGUCCUUGGGGGAUGGAGAGGAGUAGGGAAGAUGCUGAGGAGAUAAGGGAUAAGGCCACGUAACACUGGCAUGCUAGAGAGUUUCUCAGUUGUUGCUGUUGCUGAUUAUCUGUCAUGUAAUCUUGUUGGUGGAUCUAAAGCUCUUCAUGCCCUGACCAACAUGCCAUAUUUCUGCGCCUUCUAAUUCUCUCUUUUGAAGCCUGUACUUUCUGUUAUACAGUAAUCUCAUUUUUAAAAAAUAAUUCCUGAGCUUAUAUUUAAACUCUGUCAGGACAGAACAACAGACAACCCCACAGGGUAAAGUCCUCUUGAGUAAACCUAAUUUUCUCUGCGCAUGGUGUGCAGCAAAUGAGUGUCAAGGUUCGUCUAAUUCUAUAUUUCAUUUCAAAAUAUAACCUUUUGAACAUGAAUCACCGCCAUUCCUGUUCAGAUUAGAAGUGACACUUCAGUUAAAGAUUCACAUCAAAGGAAAGACACUGGAUCACCAUACAGCAUCUUUUUGCUCAUGUGUGACAGUUGAUAUUGUAGCCCCACUUUCCAGGUCAUGUCCUGAGGAAAUUUAUGUCAUGUGUUUGUGUGCAUUACCCGACUUUGGUGUCUUGAUAUACAGUAAUGAUUGGAUGAAAAUGCUAAUGGAGCUAAUAGAAAUCUUGAUGGACCUAUUUCAUUAUGUUAUUAACCUUCUUUUUUUAAGUUUGGAAGUUAUCUUUCACACAGGGGAAAUUCUGAAGUCUGGAGCAGAGAAAAACUUUCUUCAACACCACCAGUGAGGACACCAGUAAACAUCAUGGAAGCCUACAGAAUCCCCCAAGUCACCAGGACCAGGGUUUAUAAUAGAAUUUUUAAAAUGAGAGUGUUUUUCCCUUGGAUGCUGUACAGAACAUUUUAUUGUCACUCUGCACUCAGUUAAUUGCUUUAGUUUUUUAACAUAAUGUUCUCGUCUAUAGUUGGUUUGUUAAACCACUCUACAGUUCUGUUUGUAGCCAAAAUUCACUCACUUCCAGAGACUAGUUGUGAUAUGUUCGUAGGUUGAAGUUGUUGGUGCUGUGAGACAUUGGAAAUAAUGUUCAGCACAUUGCCAUGGUUGUGUCUUUCUGUCUAUAAUAAAAUUUUCAAAUGAAAAGUCGAGUUGACAGGAAUCAGUUGUGCAUAAUGUAGGUGUUUUUGCACAUAUUCUACAAGGACAAGGGUGAGUAACCUCAAUUUUAAGUUUUACGGCACAAAGCUAAAUCAUUACCACUACAUUCUUAGGACCAUUCUUAUCCAUUUUUAUUUGUCUAUUUCCCAACAGAGACAGAGAGAUGUAACAAAGUGUGGGUGGCAGUGGGACACACAGAAAUUAGUGAUGAGGCAGUAAGCACCUAAUAACUUAUUAAGCUCUCUCUUAAAUGUUAACUACUUUGAUGGUUUCACAUUGUAAUGCUUGCCAGUGCCACCACUGUUUUUGGGAAAGUCACAGACAUGAAAUUCAAAAGCUGAGUAAAAGACAAAUGUUAAAAAAAAAAGAAAGAAAGAAAAAAGAAAGAGCCAAUAAUGGCAUAAUGUGUUUUUCAGUACAAGCUAAGCAAAUUAAGUGCUGCUGUUUUUGAUUUGGUUUUCUUGAAGGAGCAUUUUCCCUCAGCACACUGAAAAUGCUUAAUCAGUGUGCACAAAACAAUACAAAUGGCGGUUGCCUUUGGGAAGAACAAAUGCUCUUAGGAAUAUUAUUGCAAAAUCUUAUUGUAUCCAAAUUCUGUCACCUUUGCAAGAGCUGCAUUGAUCUGGUCGGAAUUUGAUUGAGCGGUUUGGCAUUUGUGUCACAAUUUACUUAAUCAGCUUUGUGUACAGCAGAUGAGGAAAAACAGGCUCCAACAGACUACUGAUUUUUGAUGGACAUGGCACGUUCUUUAGCCAGUGGCCCUUAAUGAGCAUCAUGACCUAUAAGUACAAAUGUUUUUAUUCAAAUCCAACACCAUAGUAGACACAGUGAUUCUGUUGAUUAAUACACCAUCAACCAAAGAGAGAAAUUGCCCUUCUUGCACCUGGUCAAGCCGACAUAAUGGUGGAUAUUAUCACUCAUAUUGUAUAGUACAGAGAUAAUAUAUCAAAUUAUAUGUUUUACCUGUAAUAAUAUCAAUAUCAGUAUCUUCCACAAAAAAUCAUUAUUGUUCUGGCUAUUGUGGACUCUUCGUGUGUUGACAUUGCUCUUCAACACACCAUCAAAACACCAAAUGAGGCAAUAUACUUUUGAAGAAUGGUGCUUAGCAGAGUUCACAGACUUCGUGAUUCUUUGCUAAGGAGCACUGAAGCUUAUGGGGGUUCGUGGUGGCCUUACUAGGACAUUGGCUAUUCCUUUAAUUUGUCCCCCAUCUGUGCAUUGUUCUGUUCUUGCAUGUCUGCAAUGUAGAAAUAAAGCAUCAUCUCUCAUGUUGUC